AUGAAGAAGUACAAAGACCACCUCGCCUUGCUGUAUAAGGCGCACGAGAAACUCAAGGAUGAUCUCAAUGCGGUGCUCAACCACCCACUAAUGCCGUCAGAAUUUGAACGAGCAUGGAAGGACCUCAUUCAAAGAUACAACUUGCAAGACGACGAAUUGAUUAAUUCGCUGUGGGAAGACAGGCACGAGUGGAUCUCGGCUUACUACAAGGAAGUUUUCUGUGCUCGGAUGACUUCCACGCAGAGAAGCGAGAGCAUGAACCUCAUACUGAAGCAAAACUUUGUCAAAGAGAAGCAUGAUCUCCAUCUGUUUGCUCAGCAGGUGGACAAGUGCAUUCAAACCAGGAAGGCCGUCGAGCACGCAGAGACAGUAGCAAAUGACUCAGAGGUAAAGACAACAACCCUGUUUGGGUUCGAAGUUCAGCUAUCAAAAGUGUAUACAAGGACAGUGUUUGCAGAUUUCAAAGAAACACUCUACCGUACCACUGCAUUCAGAGCAGAACGGUGCCCUGAGAACCCGACAAAGUAUCUCGUACACCACUACAACAGAUCGUAUGCAUUUGACGGGGCAAGGCAUAAUUUCCAAGUGGUCGCCGAUGAACAGAAAGGUGUCUACGAAUGUGAAUGCAAACUCUGGACACACACAGAGAACGACGCCACUUUCAAAAAACAAGGUAGGAACACAAAAGGAUGCAGUUCACAUCGCUGGAAAUCGAAAGCCACCAUCAACAAGCAAGCAGGGAGCAAGGAAGGAUGCAGUUCCCAGCAACCUAAAACAAAAGCCGCAAUCAACCAGCACGAGGGGAUCAAAGAAGGAUGCAGUUCACAGCACCGGAAAAUGAAAGCAGCCAUCAACCAGCACGCGGGGAGCAAAGAAGGAUGCAGUUCACAUCACUCAAAAACAAAAGCCACCAUCAACCAGAACGCGAGGGACUACAAACACAACGGUGCAGAGACAGGAACCAGCAACACCACCAUGGAAAACAAAAGAAAGUGCGACAUUAGACACGCUCCAGUCACCGCGGAGAGAAGCAGCAGGUUAACGACCAAAUAG